GUCAACCAGCGAAAAGAAGGAAACAAAGAGACUCUCCACUCUUCUCACAGUAAAGAGAAUACAUUCGGCUAAAACUGAAUUAUAAUACAGGAUCAUAAUGAAGAUUUUUUGGAUAUUUAUUCUGGCUGCUGCUAUAGCAUUGAAAACGAAGGGUGCUGCCACCACAACGACCAAUGAGGCUCAAACCACAACAGACGAGCCUCCAACCAUAACCACAGCUGCCCCAACAACAACCACUGCUGCACCAAACACAACAGCCACCCAAACAACCACAGCCGCUCCAACUACAACCGCUGUUUCUCCAACCACAACAGUUGCUCCAACAACAACCACACCAGCUCCAACUACAACCUCUGCUUCUCCAACCAUAACCACUGCUGCUCCAACCAUGACAGCUGCUCCAACCAUGACAGCUGCUCCAACCACAACCACUAUGGCUCCAACAACAACUACAGCUUCUCCAACAACAACUACAGCUUCUCCAACCACAACAGCUGCCAAAACCACCACAGCAGAUCCAACUAUAACUGCUGCUUCUCCAACCAACACAACCACUGCUGCGCCAACAACAACCGUUGCCCCAACAACAACAACUGGUGCACCAACCACAACCGCUUCAACCACAACCACUGCUGCUCCAACAACAACCACUACUCCAUCAACCACUGCUGUGACAACAACAACCACUACUCCAUCAACCACUGCUGUGACAACAACAACCACUACUCCAUCAACCACUGCUGUGACAACAACAACCACAUUCAACCACAAAAACCACUGCUCCAAUCACUACUCCAUCAACCACUGCUGCGCCUACCACAGCCACUGUGGCUUCAACAACAUCUGCCCCAACAACAACCACAUCUGCUUCAACCACAAAAACCACUGCUCCAACAACAAUCACUAUUCCAUCAACCACUGCUGCGCCUACCACAGCCACUGUGGCUUCAACAACAUCUGCCCCAACCACAACAACACCUGCUCCACCAACAACCACUGCUGCGCCUACCACAGCCACUGUGGCUUCAACAACAACAACCACAGUGGCUUCAACAACAUCUGCCCCAACAACAAUUACAGCUGCUCCAACCACAACCACAUCUGCUUCAACCACAACCACUGUUGCCCCAACAACAUCCACUACUUCCCCUAUCAUAACCUCUGGUGCUCCAACCAGAACAGCUGCAACUUCUACCACCACAACUGCUGCACCAUCUACAACAAAAACUGCUCCACCAACACCCACUGUUCCCCCAACUACAACUGCUUCUUCAGCAGGGAGUCAUAA